CUUACGUCUAAGAUACCGUGAUCAAUAUGUUCACGAAUAUGACGUGGACUUUUCUCUGAAUAAAAUAUUUCCUACGUUUAGCUUUUCUUUGCAACUUGUUCAUUUCAAUGUCAUGAUAAUAAUAAUUGAGCCUACAUAAGUCCCACUGCUGGGCACAGGCCUCGUCUCAUGCGCGAGAGGGUUUGGGCUGCAGUCCCCACGCUGACCCAAUGCGGGUUUGGGACUUCACAUACACCUUUGAAUUUCUUCGCGGUUGUAUGCAGGUUUUCACGCGAUGUUUUCCUUCGCCGAACAGCUAGUGGUAAAUAUCAAAUGUUAUUCCGUGCCUAAAUUCCGAAAAACUAAUUUGUACGAGCCAAGAUUUGAACCCGCGAUCUCCGGAUCAAAAGUCAGACGUCAGAUCCACUCGGCCACCAGGCCCCCACCGCUUCAUAAUCAUGAUAAUCCCAACUUAAUAUUAUAAAUGCGUUGUAACCCUGUCUAUCUGUCAGUUGCCUCUUCACGCUUAAACCCUGGAACCGAUUAAGAUAAAAUUAGGUAUGGACGUAGUGUCAGGCCCGGAGAAGGGCAGAAACUGGUUCAGGAUAUUUUUCGAAAUUCCAGAAGUUUUCCGUUGAAAUUUUAAGUCGGAAAUCAUAGGUAUACUAUGUUUCAUAUGUAAUUUUACUUAUGCACGCGUCACGAUAACAAAACAUGAAACAUAGCAAUCGAAUUCCUGGUACAUAAAUUUCCAAUUUCACCAACGUAAGCAAACGUCGAAGCUAAUUCUCACAUGUUUCUCAAUAUAUUAAGUGAAUUCCCGAGGCACUUAAUAUACACAAGGAAUUUCUAUUCCCGGGUCAGUCCAUUAUUUGCAAAAAGAGCUCAUAUCUCUAAGAAACUGCGGCUACAACUAUCCCUGGAAUGCACAAUAACCACACCAUAAAACGUAUUUUAUGAGACAAUCCCGCAAAAAUUUUCAAUAGCAUCCAAAUGAGUACAACAAUGAACAUCUAAAUGUAACCCUACCCAGUAAAACACUACAAAAAACACUGGCGAACUGACUGGAAAAACAGCUUUUUGAUUUAGUUGGGUGUAACGCAAACAGGGUACCGAAGACUUUUCCGUUAAGCGGCUAUAGAAAGAUGGUUCUUUUUAACUGGAAAAGUGGUGGAACGGAGGGCUUUUGUAGCUGGUAGGGUAUUCAGCUCUGUUCAGCCCCGCCCUCUCAACAACCCCUGGGCUUUCAUUCAUUCCCGGCCCGGUCACCGCGCGCGUCGCCUGCGGCCAUUUUAAAUCGCUCGCGUAAAAAUAAACAUUCGAAAUUUGAAGUUGAGUUCCGCUUAUAUGGCUGUUUUUGUGACGUUAGAAGACUAGAGAUGCCGUGAAGACCUAAAUCCUACAUUUAAACACGACUACCUUUAAUAUAUCAUAAAAAAACUAUCUAUUUACAAACAAAGUACCUUCACUGACAAUAAAACGCCAAACUGUUUAAAAAUAUAAUUAUUUUCAUAUUCAAUUUACGAAACUAGAUCUUACCAUUCCAUAUUUGAAAUAACUUUUUAAAAAUGAGCUUUGAUUCGCCAUCAUCUGCCAAAAGGCUUAAUUUGGAGCGGGCUAAUAAUUUUAUGAGACAAUUUAGGGAUCCGGAUUCUAGGGAGUUGAAGAAACUGUCCGCGAAUCAAUUUAUGGAAGUGUGGAGUCACUACGAUCGGGAUGGUAAUGGCUACAUCGAGGGCACGGAGCUGGACGGGUUCCUGCGAGAGUUCGUGUCCAGCGCCAACUUCACCGACAUCAGUCCUGAUGCGGUGUCGGACUCCAUGUUGGUGGAGCUGAAAGCAUGUUUUAUGGAGGCCUACGAUGACAACCAAGAUGGGAAAAUUGAUAUACGAGAGCUGGCGCAGCUGUUGCCUAUGGAAGAAAAUUUCUUGCUGCUGUUCCGAUUCGACAACCCGCUAGAAUCCAGUGUCGAAUUUAUGAAAAUAUGGCGAGAGUACGACACGGACGGCAGCGGGUACAUAGAGGCCGACGAACUGAAGAAUUUCCUGCGAGAUCUAUUGAAAGAAGCAAAGAAAAUCAACGACGUAUCCGAAGAUAAGCUCAUAGAGUACACGGAUACCAUGCUGCAGGUUUUCGACUCGAAUAAAGACGGCAGACUACAGCUCUCCGAAAUGGCUAAGCUUCUGCCCGUCAAGGAAAACUUCCUCUGCAGGCAGGUAUUCAAGGAAGGCAUAGAGGGGAUAGAGGGAGCAACGAAGCUGACUAAGGAUGACAUUGAACGUGUCUUCUCGUUGUACGACCGGGACAAUAAUGGCUCCAUCGAGAACGAGGAGCUGCGCGGCUUUCUGAAGGAUUUAUUAGAAUUAGUGAAAAAGGAUUACGACGCCCAAGACCUCCUAGAGUUUGAAGAAACCAUCCUCCAAGGCGUCGAAUACAGUAGCGACGGCAAAAUCAGCAGGAAACAGUUGACUAUGAUCCUUCUAGCACUUGCUAAGCACCAUCAAGAAGAAGAAGUCACCACGCCGUAAACUUGCGCGCACGCGUUUGCCACUCCGUCCCGAUUUCUGAACGAAUUUUCUAGCAGCGGUCCCCACUUAAGCGGUCUACAGAUUGUUAGAUUUUACUUCGAUUUGUGAUUGCGUCAACUGUUAAUUGUUUAAUGGCUCCUCUAGACGACGGCCCAGCGAGAUGGCCAUGCGAUGGUUAAGAGCACGCACUAUGGAAUGGGUCACGUGUAGAUGCGUGCGCACCACCGCUAGCCCAUAGCCCAUGUGCGGACGAAAACCCGACACCGUGGCCAUCCCAUCGCAAUCCCGCCGCGCCAUAAGUCAUACAACACUAUGACGGCCCAUCGUGUAGAGAACCCUAAACGGUUAAAAUUUCCUAUUUGUCAUUGUACUGAUGAAUCCCUUCUAGCCAGUCUAGCUCGUUUGCAAGUGCUCAUUCUCCUGCAGAACUGCAAGCAGGAUUUGUCGUUGGACUGUAGAUAAUUUCUGUACUUAAAACUUUUUGUUUUUUUUUUUAAAGUGGUGACUACCUUAUUCAAAAGUUAUUUUAUUUAUAGUUUCUUCUAUACUCUGUCGUUGCACACACAGAGAAAUUUGUAUUGAUUUAUGUUAUUGAUAUAAAAAUCUAAUUAGUAUUUAAAUAAUUAAAAAAAAAAUAUGGUCAUACGCUAUAUACGUUCGGUAGCCCAUUCAGUGCAUUCGCGAUACUGUCGCAUUUUUUGCUACACGUGAAUUUAAACGCGCUAUAUGUGGUUUAAGAUGUAUUUGGGUAAUUCCAAAAAGUUCACAAUUUCGAUAAUUCCAAAACUGACUAAUAUGAUAGAAUUAUUGAUGAUUUUUGGAAUAAGUCGACAUGUUGAAUUUUCCAAGUGCAACUUAUGUAUGAAUAUAUAUUUGGACAAUGCACGAGGUAAAUCCUUGUACAUAUUUAUCAUAAGUACUGUCGAGGUCAAUAUGAAAGAAUAUAAAAAAAAAAAACAAGAUAUUAAUAAUGGCAAGGAAUUAAUAUCUAUACAAUCUAAUUUCCCUCUGCUUUGUUUGUUUUAGCCCCUUUAUUUCAUAUCGCCCUAAAUUAGACCCUAACUAUAGAGACUGUAAUGGAUAUAUCUAUAUAAGUUUCACGUACCUCAUUACUUAAGAACGUAAGUACCUACGUUGAUUCGAAGUCUGCAUAUGCCUAAUUUAGGGUACCUUAACACAUUUACUGAAAGAGCAAGCUACACGCUACGAGCGUAACCAAUAACAUAAGAAAAACCGUUCUUAUGUAGCAAAAAGCGCCUACGAACAAAGAACCCUGUCGAUGGCAGUGAAUGUGUUAAACGCUACGGGAGACUCGCGUAGCGCUACGAUAAUGAUUCGCGCAGUGAAAUAUAGUUGACAUCUGGGUUUUACAUCUUUUGUUGCAUUUAUAUGGCGGUGACAAGUAAGCAGGCCGUAAUCAUAAAUACAGAUAUAAUGCAAGAAGCAGAAAGUUUACAAAAAGCUCGAAAAGAAUUAGGAAAUUGCAGGAAAAUAUCACAGAAAACUUUCAUUACGGAAAUCGAAACGAUUUGUAUCCAGAAAGAGUUUCCGAAAUUUUUCCAUGUGGUCAUUUCGCAAUUUUGUCAACAUUCUGACGGCACAUCAGGGGGCCUACCGCGAAAACCUAAAUUCAUAAAUUGCAGGGAUCUUUUACUCUCACUAUGACAUAAUUAGAGUGACAGAGAAAAAUGCCCGCAAUUGACGAACUUCGAUUUUCGCGGCUAUAGCUCAGUAAUUAUAAGGUUGAGUGAAAAGGAUGUAGAUAUAUUCUCUUGAUCGAUAAUUUGCUAAUUGUCUUUGUCAUGUAAAUGCAACAUUAGGUAAUUUGCUUGGCAUUGUACCUACCAAUUAGAUACCUAUAUUUGCAAAUGUAUACGACAUUACCAAAACAAACUAAAUAUUCUAACAAUAUAUAUAUAUUCUAACAAUAUAUUCUUAAAUGGUUAAAUGGUUUUUACAUAAUGUAAUUGGAAAAUGCGGAAGAACGAUUAUAUUUAGAAAGUGUUACCAGGGUUGUUGACGUAAUUAAUUAACUUAUAAAAAGUAGAUUGUGUGAAGACGUAAAUAAAGUAACUAAUUAUUAUUUUACUAAACUUUCUAAAACUUUGUGUACCUAGUGGCAAUUAUCGUUAGUAAUCCAUGAAAAAAUCUCCUUAUUUCAAUGUAAACUAUUUUAUAACUCUUGAAAUUCUUGAAAACUAACUCACGAUUAAAAAUAUUAAGCCAAAUCAAAUGCCAAAUAUUUAAUAUUUCCCUACAUAUUUUCAUAAAUCAUAUUGUAGGAAAUGUAGAUUUUACAUCCAUAAAUAUCAUUACAAAAAGGUACUCCUACAUAUCAUAAAACAUUUUAAAAGUUUUUAAUGAAAACACCUAGUAAAACAUUUUUGAUAAGCACAAAACAUUUUAAUAGAAAAAAGUCUCCAAGAGCUUUUAACUAAUAGAUGAAACGUUUUUCAUAAAAGUCCUACAUAUUACAGCACUAUUAAAUUAAAAUAAAGUGCAAAUUUAUCAUUAUUUUUACAAAAAAAUAUUUUAGAUAUUAAUGUAUAAUCUUCAAUUCUUCAAACAUCCUUUGCAAACAUUUUUUUAUAACGUGUUAUAAAUUCGUUUAACCCUUCUCCAGGCCGCACCAAUGUACAAGGUUUUCACAAAAAAGCCAAAUAUAUUCCAAUUAAUCCAGCUUUGAUGAUUCAUUUGAAGACAAGUAACAUUUCCUGGAAGUGUAAUCUAAUUUGAACCUUAAAUCGGAAUGCUAAAGUUGAAAUUCUAAUGGCGCGUAUGUGGUCGAUAAAUCGUACUACGCCUGGAAAAGGGUUAAAUUGAAUCCAUUGUAAAAUGUACUAAAAACAACAGUUUAGUAUUUGGGUAAAAUAUAAUGUGUGUUUGUUUAAUGUUGUUUAUUUGUAAAUAAUAAUGGAUUUAGAAUUAACAAGAACAUGUAUUUAAUUGUUGUUUGUUGAUGUUAAUUGUCUGUUUUAAGUAUAAUUAAUUAAUAAUUUAAUUUGUGUUAUAUGUACAUGAAUGUUUAGAAUGUCUAUUUACCAAUGAUAUAUUUAUUAGAUGGUUUAAGACAGAUAUCCGGCAACCAACUGAAAAAAUGUGUUAACGUGUAUGUAUUUUGUUACU